AUUUUGUUGCAUGCUAUUUACAAAUCCAAAGCAGUUCUUCUUCACCAUUUGAGGUUGUAUGCCAUAGACAAUGUUUUCCAAUUCAAGACACGUACAUCAAGAAGAAAUGUUUGCAUGUUGUUUGUAAGGAUUCUAAAUGUAAAUGGUCUGUGAGGGCUGUUAGACUACGCGGUGUCCAAAUGUUUCAGAUCCGAAGGUUUAAAUCAUUACACACAUGCUCUAUGGAUUUCAGGCAAGGCAAACAUCGCCAAGCAACAUACCGGACUAUUGCAGAUCUUGUAGCUCAUAAAUACUUGGAUGCUUCAAGAAAGCCUUAUACGCCAAACCAAAUAAGAGAAGACAUGCUCCUGAACCAUGGGAUUUCCAUGUCUUACAAGACGGCAUGGAGAGCUCAGAAGAUAGCUAUGCAGAAACAGUUUGGAUCAGAUUCUGAGUCCUACCAAAUGCUACCGGCUUUGGCUUACGCUCUUGAAAAGGCAAAUCCAGAUUCCCUUAUUUCUCUUACAACUUCAGAUGAUGAUGUCUUCCAAUAUUUUUUCAUGUCCCUGUUACCUUGGAGAGAGGCAUGGAAAUAUUGCAGACCCGUUCUAAUUGUAGACGGGUCAUUUCUGAAGGCCUACUACAAGGGUACGCUUCUCACAGCCUGUGCACAGGAUGCAAAUGGCCACAUUGUCCCCCUAGCCUUUGGUAUAUGUGAUGCAGAAUGUAAAGAGUCUUACCUGUGGUUUUUUUCUAAAGUUCGUGAAGCAUUGAUGUUCCGUGAGGACAUGUACAUUGUAUCAGAUAGGCAUAAGGGCUUGAUUAGUGCAGCUAAACGUAUUUUCCCCCACGCUGGUCAUGGCUAUUGUGUUGAGCAUUUGCGUCGUAACAUGAUUUCUAAAUUUAGGGGCUCCACAGUUGAUUUAUGUUGGAAGUUCAAAGCUGCGUAUAUGGCUGCAACUGUGAAGGAGUACGAAGAGUAUAUGUCAUUGUUGGAUUCUGAAGAUAUCCGUAUACGGCCGUGGCUAGAUAAAAUUGGCAGUCAUAAAUGGGCUAAAUGCAUGUCCGGUCCUCGGAGGUAUGAUAUAAUGACAUCAAACUGUGCGGAGUCAAUGAACAAUGUUGACGUUUCAGCAAGGGAGUAUUCUGUCUCCAAACUUAUUGAUUUUUUGAGAGGAAGGAUGCAACAAUGGUUUGCUGAGAGAAAAGAAAAGGCUGAAAUGACAACAACUAUUUUGUCAAAAAAACGUGAGAAGGUUCUUGUUGCGCUUCAGAGUCAAGCUAGCAGACUGAGGGUCAAGCCGUGUUCAUUUUUGGAGUUUGAAGUGAUUGAUAGGCAUUCACGCUCCUUUGUUGUUGAUCUCAAUGCCAAGACAUGUACAUGUGGGGAGUUUCAACUUUCUCAUUUUGUUUGCGUUCAUGCAGUUGCUGCUAUCAAUUUUCGACCUCAACUGUCUUGCUAUGAUUACAUUUCCCCAUACUACACACGUCAUUACUGGUAUUCCACAUGGAAUGGUGUCAUGCACCCAAUCUGUGAUGCAGCAUCUUGGUUGAUUCCUUCCAACGUUUUGAGUAUUCAAUGCAAGCCACCCCUUUGUGAGAAAAGACCUGCUGGUCGCCCAAAAAAGUCUAGAAUUCCAUCCAUCGGUGAACAUUGCAGUACCAAACGUAAAAGAUGUUCUCGUUGUCAUGCUGUUGGCCAUAACAAGAAGACUUGUCGCAAUGCCAUGCGUGUCG